AUGGCUGAUUCACGUGGUCGUGGUCGUGGACGUGGCGAUGGUGGCCGUGGUCGGGGAGGUGGAGAACGAGGUGGGGGUGGCCGUGGCCGUGGGGGAUUCGAUGGUGCCUCAGACCGUGGACGUGGAGGCUUCCGCGGCAACGGUGAAAGAGGUGGUUACCAAGACCGCGGUCGUGGAGCGCCGCGUGGCAACAGCGGAAGAGGUGGCCACGACGACCGUGGGCGUGGAGGGCCUCGUGGUGGCCGUGGAGACCGUGGAGGUCGCGGAGGUUCACGCUUCGAGUCUGCUCGUGCCUUUGGGAAUGGAAGCUUCCCGCAGCCCGACCAGAAGGUCAGCAAGGCCGAAGAUGCUCUUGUCAGCGAGGCCGAAAAUGCCCCUGCCAGCAAGGCCCAAGAUGCUCCUGUCAACAAGGCCAAAGAUGCUCCUGUCAACAAGGCCAAAGAUGCUCCUGUCAACGAGGCUGGAGAUGCUCCUGUCAAGGAGGCCGAAGAUGCUCUUGUCAGCGAUGUUUCUACUGCUCUUGCCAGCACAACUUUGGAAGAAGAAUUCCCCCGACGCCCUGGUUACGGAUCGAUCGGAACACCCAUAGUUCUUUGGACAAACUAUCUCGAGCUGAAUGCCAUCAACCCUCAAGCGGUCUUCUAUCGAUAUAGUGUUGUAGUCCAAGGCCAACCCGAUCUACCCAAGCCAAAGAAGAAGCGGCUCAUCCAGUUGCUUUUGAAAGAAGCACCAUUUUCCAACGUCGCAUCCACAAGUGACUGGGCCCAGCUCAUCGUGACCACACAAAAGGUCAAACUGGAUGGAAAUCGAGCAAGCUACCACAUUGAAUGGUACCCCAACGACGGAGAACCACUUCCCUCGCCCGAACAGGGUGAACCCCAGGAGAGGACUAAUGCCAGGAACAGAAGCACAUACAUGUUGCUAGUCGAACAACUCGGUACGGUUUCCCUUGAGGAGCUGGUAAAGGACAUUAGUGCCUCGGGCGCCACGUAUCCAUUGAAAAUGGAAGCAAUUCAGGCCUUGAAUCUUGUCAUGGCCAACGGCCCGAGCCUGGAUGAUCAGAUUGCUGUUGCUGGUCAGAACCAUUUCUACCCCUUUGGCAAACAUCCCCAAGUGCAAUCCCGUGACUUGACGUUUGGCCUCCAAGCUUUGCGUGGCUAUUUCUCGAGUGUUCGCACGAGCGUCGACCGCAUUAUUGUCAACAUCAAUGUCGCUACUGGGGCAUUCUACAAACCCGGACCACUCCUCGAUAUGUUGAGAGAGCUUGGUCUGCCAGCUCAGUUUGCUGGGGCCCACCAGAAAGCGGCAGGUUUUGUCCGAGGCUUGCGCAUCGAAACGAACUACUUGCCUGCCUCUGACAAGAAGGGGAAGCGUAUCCAGGGGAAAACGAAGAGGAAAGUCCACGCUAUCAUCGAACUCUCGCGGUUCGGACAAAACGCAUCGAAUACCACGUUCCCAAAAACCGCUGCGGAUGGUACGACUAGGGAUGUUACCGUGGCCGAUCAUUUCGAGACGGAGUAUGGGCUUCGCCUUCAACUGCCUCAGGCGCCACUCGUGAAUUACGGAACUCGUGAGAGCCCGAAAUGGAUCCCCGGAGAGCUUUGCUCUAUCCUUCCUGGGCAACUCGCGCGGCGUCUGUUGAGCGGCAAACAGACCAGCGAGAUGAUCAAAUUCGCGGCCCGUCGUCCUGUCGACAAUGCCGAGUCUAUCGUUCGUGACGGACUUCAGGUCACCAAGAUCAUGCCGGUGGCACAAGGAUUGAAUACCAAUCUGAAGCCAUUUGGCAUCAAGGUCGCUACAACCCUCCUUACGGUACAUGGUCGUGUUCUGCAAGCUCCUGUGCUUCACUACAAGAGAAAUACUUGCACUCCUCGCAACGGAGCUUGGAAUCUCGACGUCCGAGAAUUGGGUAAUGAACCGUUCAAAGUUGCCAAACCCCUACCCACCUGGGGAUGCCUUAUCAUUGUGGAUAGUUAUGAUACGCAUACCCGAAGCGAGGAUGGUCAAUUUAACGAUAAAGAAACAUUGACAAAGUUUCAACGAACUCUCAACACUUACGGAAUGAAGCCAAAGCCGUACGGUGGUCCAGUUUACAUGGAAGUCACCAGAGCAGAAUUGCAAGACAGGAAAGUCGAUGCAGUACAACGGAGGAUCUCUACCAGCAUCGGACAGUUCAAGUUACGCCCCCAGUUCCUUUUCAUUGUGUUGCCCAGCGAGGACGCAGUGCUGUACGACUGCAUCAAGUUUGUCUGCGACACCAAGCUUGGAAUCCCUAGCAUCUGCAGCAUUGGCCACAAGUUCAGAAAAGAGCAGGGGCGGAUGCAGUAUUUCGCCAACGUCGCCAUGAAGUUCAACCAGAAACUCGGCGGCAUCAACCACACCCUUUCGGCGGACCAUUUCAAACCCCUUGAUUCUCAAACCAUCGUCUUCGGAAUCGACGUCACGCAUCCUUCUCCAGGCAGUUCGGAGUCGUCUCCGAGCAUUGCUGGGAUUGUAGCUUCUAUUGACGGCAACUUCGCGCAAUACCCAGCAAGCAUUCGCACCCAGAAGGGCAGGAAGGAGAUGGUGUCCGAACUGGCAGAGAUGGUCGUGGAGCGCUUGAAGCUUUGGCAGAAGCUAAAUGGGAAGUUGCCCACGAAGGUGAUCGUCUAUCGGGAUGGUGUAUCUGAAGGACAGUACAAGACGGUUCUGCAAGAAGAAUAUCCAUGCUUUGUCACAGCGUUCAACAAGCUAUACGGCGCAGAGUCUAAGCAUCCCAAGAUCUCCAUCAUUGUUGUUGGAAAACGCCAUCAUACCCGCUUCUAUCCAACGAAGAUCGACGAAACCAAUGCGGAUGUCGAGAACGGUAAUCCCAAGCCAGGAACCGUAGUCGACCGAGGCGUGACCGGUGAGAAGUUGUUUGACUUCUUCUUGCUCGCCCAUCAGGGCCUUCAAGGUACUUCCAAGCCUGCUCACUACGUGGUGCUCAAGGACGAAAACAAGCUGGGCGCCGACCAGCUUCAGACUUUGACCCACAACCUCUGCUACACAUUCGCUCGUGCUACACGGGCAGUAAGCGUGUGUCCUCCUGCAUACUAUGCAGACCUGCUGUGCGAACGCGGCCGCUCCUAUCUCCAUCGUGUCCUUAAGGGAGAUGGUUCCGAGAACUUCACGACCAACCAUUGGCAUGGCGGUGUUCACGCCAACCUCGCCGAAACCAUGUUCUAUCUUUAA